AUGGUAAAUGAUGUAGAGACAUGUCCUCACGUAAAAUUGCAAUCUUCGUUUUUUGAAUCUUACCAUAAAAUAUGCGCGCAGGUAUUUACUCGUAAUAACCUUCGACGUUGCUGUAGCGUCUGUAAAAAAUCAAAUAAACGAACUUUACGUUGUUUAGAAUGUGAAUUUACUGGAUGCUUAUGGGACGAUCAUUUUGAACAACAUGUAAAAGAAUUAAAUCAUUCAUUUGGUGCGGAUUUAAAAAACUCUCAUAUAUACUGUUACUCCUGCCAAGACUAUGUCUAUCAUCCGCGUUUAGAAAUGUUACGAAUAAAAGUUCAAAAUAUUCGAAGUUGGCAAAAUAAACAUAAACGGUUGCCUGAUCGCUAUGAGCAAACGAUAUCACUAAAUCCAUACGAAAAGUAUCCUUCCAUUUGCCCUACCGCGGGUCUUCGCGGGAUCCAAAAUUUAGGAGCUACCUGCUUUAUGAGCGUCAUUCUUCAAAGCACUUUGCAUAAUCCUUUACUUCGAAAUCUCUUUCUUAGUGGGUUCCAUACCUCUGAAAAUUGUAAGCGCUCCUCCUGCAUGACAUGCGCAAUCGAUAACAUGUUCGCAUCCAUUUAUGCCUCGAAAGAGAAAACAAGCUUCUACGGUCCAACCGUCAUACUGAAUCUAAUGUGGAAACUGAGCAAAAGUCUUUCUGGCUAUUCUCAGCAGGAUGGACAUGAAUUUUUGGUGUACCUUCUCGACCAAAUGCACUCCGAAAGCGGUGGAGAUAAUUCUUUCCCGUGCAACUGUCCUAUCCAUAAAAUCUUCAGUGGAUCUAUGAAAAGCGUGAUUACUUGUUGUGAAUGUAAAACAAAAAAGGUUGCCACUGAUCCUUUGAUGGAGGUCAGCUUAGACUUGCAUGAACCUUCUAUUCAAGGAUGCUUGGAAAGAUAUAUUUCCCCUGAACAAAUUCAGUAUACUUGCAGCAAUUGCAAUGCAAAAGUGGCUACAAAGCAAUUGUUUUUUGAUAAACUUCCUCCAACCCUAUGUUUGCAAUUGAAACGUUUUGAGCAAAAUUCAUUUGCUAUGUCCACCAAGGUGGAUAAGUUGAUUACUUAUCCCAUGCUUCUAAAGAUGCAGUACAACUUCAAUCAUGAUUCGGUGAAUUACCAAUUGUAUGCAAUAGUUUGUCACAAAGGCACUUUGGAUACUGGCCAUUACAUCGCGUAUACUCUAUUUCAGGGUCAUUGGUAUCUGCUGGAUGAUACUACAAUUACAGUCGUGCCAGAGUCCGAAGUACUGAAAACACAAGCAUAUCUUUUAUUCUAUCACGAGAAAAAUUUGGUUUACGAUGAUGAGCAUGUAGAAAAAAGCUAA